AUGGCGGAAGACCCCCUGGAAUGCAGCCUCCUGACACUAGACUUGGGGAAUGAGGACGUGUGCAUUUGCACUGGCCCCGGUGGCGACAUGGGGGAGGUCGACAAAAUGCCGAGCCGCGGAGACCGCGCCUGGGAUGGGAAAGAGGAGCCCGAAGCAAGGAAAGCCAAAUCCUCCUGGUGGCGACCCUGGAGAAAAGAGGACAAGUUGUCAGAGGUGUCGCAGGUCUCCCAGGUCAUCGAGCUUCCGCUCCCCGAGCCUACGAUAGCUUCUGUGGCAACACAGGACGACCUGGUCGCUGAAUGUGUCACGCCCAUCAGUUUGGACGAGGGUCGACGGCGGGAGCCCGCCAUAUCCCUAGCAGUCCCUGCCACGGAAGUGGUGGCGCCUGGCUCGAUCCCAUCGCCUUCCAACUCGGAGACCCACAAGACCCAGGUUUGUGGCAUUGGUGGCAUCGGCAUAGCUGCAGCAAGCGUGGUUCGGCAUUUCAGCUUGGAUCCUGACGGUGCUAGUCGCCAUGAGCAGUGCCCCAGCGAGGCCACACCCACGGUCGUCUCUGAGUUUGAUGGCUGA